AUGGAAGAGUUUGCUGCUGGUCUGCAACAACUUGUUGGGGUUGUCGUCGAACAACAACAGGAGAGUGAUCAAAGGCAUGAAAAUGUCAAUGGUCAACAAGAGGUUAAACAAGUUGAGCGUCAGACAACUGCUACAACGAGGGGUAUUGAGGUUACUUUACCAGACUUCAUGAAGCUUAAACCCCCUACUUUUUCUGGGCCUAGUGCAACUGAGGAUCCACAACAAUUCAUUGACAGUCUAGAGCGGCUUUGGAGAGCAUUGGGUUGUUCUGAGGUAAGAGCAGUUGAACUGACAUCAUUUCAACUAAUAGGCGCGGCACGUGAUUGGUUUGAUAUAGUGUCACAUGGUAGACAAGUGGGGUCACCUCCGUUAGCAUGGAGAGAGUUUUCUCAGUUGUUCAUGGCUCGUUUUCUUCCGGAGAGUGUUAGAGAUGGAUUAGCUCAUGAGUUUGAGCGAUUGGAGCAAACAGAGGGUAUGACAGUUUCAGAGUAUAGUGCUCGUUUUACACAGCUCUCUAGACAUGCUCCUUAUCCUAUCACUGAGGAGAUACGUGUUAAGAGGUUCAUUAGGGGAUUGAAGGAUUAUUUAUUUAGAUCUGUGGUUGGGUCGAAUUCUUCUACUUUUGCAGAGUUUUUGAGUUUGGCCCUUUUGAUUGAGCAACGACAGAAGGAAAAAGGAGGCAAUUGA